AUGGCCAAAGUCGGAGAGUGUGUGAUUGUCAUUGACGGCGCCAAUGUGGCGUGCCAGAAAGAAGGCAAUGUCCACGUCCCUAAGCUUGCGGCAGCCAUUCAGUAUUUCCGGUCGUUGCAACGGACAGCGGGGGGUCACCCCAUCAAGUGCGUGGCGUUCGCGCCCAAUUUCUGGCUCAAUGCAAAGCCCCCGUCCAGCAGCAGUGACGGCUGUCGAGACAGCAGCAGUGCUAUCGGUACACAAGACUCGGCUCUGCUCAAGGAGAUGGUGCAGAACGACGCCGUGAUCCUCACGCCAUCCCACGCUCAUGACGACUUGUACGUGAUCGACUAUGCGGUCAAGUACGAUGGGUUUAUCGUUACAAACGAUAUGUUUCGGGACCACGUCUCGAACAAGCGGUCAUUUCACGGCAAGACGUUGACGAGAAACUGGGCGCGCUUGCACUGCAUCGAUUUCACGUUUGUUGGGAAGGAGUUCAUGCCAAACCCACGUGCGAUGGAGCGCGUGUUCAAUUUCCAGCCACUGGCAAAAAGUGACUUGCUGCUAGCGUCAGCUGCGCCGCUUUCGACUGCAGCAACGGCUAACAUGACCAAUGUGCCGAAGUCGAGCUUGCAGAAGACGCUGUCGGGUGAUGACGGUGACCAAAGAGACGCUGACGAUGAUGUCGACGAGGACGGAAUGGUGAUUGAUCACGCAGGCGCUAGGCAAAGGAAGCACAUUGAUCUCUCGGAGGUGAGUUACUACACGCUGCCACGCGAGCUGUUGCCAAUGCUGCACGGUGAAGGAGGGAUAACGAUGGAGAAGUUCCAGGAUUACACGGGAACGUACAUUGUUCUCCCAUCUUACACAGUGCUGGGAUCUCCGUUGACGCGACCGAAGUCAGACGUGCUGACUGUGUCGAUCUACGGACCGGAAGCGAGCCGACGGACAGCUGUUGGUUAUCUCGAUGCAUUUCUUCUCGAGAUGCAGCAGAAAGCGCAAUAUGCCUUCCAACAGCAACAACAGCAACAGCAGCACCAGCACCAGCAGCACCAGCACCAGCAGCAACAACAGUUGUCUUACCAGGUCCAUUCGGCGACGAUUUGUCCCCAGCAGCGACAGCAACAUAUAACUGGCAAUGAAGACAUGCGCACACAAGACGAUCACUUGAUGGAAAUCGACUACUAG